CAAGAGGAGGGGUAGAAGCAAACUGCGUAACCCUCUGCUGGUUGAAAUAGACGGGGCAGAAAGAUUGCCUUUCUGGGUCGUAGGCGCUUUACUGGAGCUUUGCUGCACUUUUAUGCGAAACGACAGCGGAUUUAGAAGACCUGCUGAGGUUUUCCGGGGUUCCUCUCCAGAAGUUCCUGUUCUUAGAUGGUAACAGAGAGCUUGAGAUAAGAGAGUGAAAAUGGCAGUGUGGAUCCAGGCCCAGCAGCUGCAGGGAGAUGCUCUACACCAGAUGCAGUCUCUCUACGGGCAACACUUCCCCAUAGAGGUGCGACACUACCUGUCCCAGUGGAUAGAGGGACAACUCUGGGAUGCGAUAGAUUUAGAGAACCCUCAGGAGGAGAUUAAAGCCAAGCGUUUAUUGGACAGCCUGAUCCAGGAACUACAGAAGAAAGCAGAGCAUCAAGUGGGAGAGGAUGGCUUCUUACUCAAGAUCAAAUUAGGACAUUAUGCUUCACAGCUAAAGAGCACGUAUGACCGCUGUCCCCUGGAGCUGGUGAGGUGCAUCAAACACAUCCUGUACACAGAGCAAAGACUUGUCAGAGAGGCCACUAAUUCGAGCUCACCGGUGGGCGGCCUGAUGGACAGCAUGUCGCAGAAGUACCAUCAGAUAAACCAGGCAUUCGAGGAGCUCAGAGUAUUGACCCAGGACACAGAGAAUGAUCUCCGGAAACUACAGCACAACCAGGAGUACUUCAUUAUACAGUACCAGGAGAGCCUCAGAAUACAGGCUCAGUUAUCAAGUCUGGCCACGCUGCCUCCAGCAGACCGACAGCUCCGAGAGCCCAGCCUGCUCAGCAAGAGAGCCACAGUAGAGGCCUGGCUGACCCGAGAGGCCAACACCCUGCAGAAAUACAGACUGGGCUUGGCAGAGAAGCAUCAGAAGACACUGGCAUUGCUACGGAAACAGCAGACGGUGAUUCUUGACGACGAGCUGAUUCAGUGGAAGAGACGUCAACAACUGGCUGGUAACGGUGGGCCGCCCGAGGGAGGACUGGACAUACUACAGUCAUGGUGUGAGAAGCUAGCAGAAACCAUUUGGCAGAAUCGUCAGCAGAUCCGGAGGGCGGAGCAUCUGAGACAGCAGCUGCCCAUUCCCGGCCCCAUCGAAGAGAUGCUGACCGAACUCAACAGCACUGUCACGGACAUCAUCUCCACUUUAGUCACUAGUACCUUCAUCAUCGAAAAGCAGCCACCUCAGGUGCUGAAAACACAAACUAAAUUUGCAGCGACAGUGCGUUUGCUGGUAGGUGGCAAACUGAAUGUGCACAUGAACCCACCGCAGGUCAAAGCCACCAUCAUCAGUGAGCAACAGGCCAAGGCCCUGCUCAAGAAUGAAAACACCAGAAAUGACAUCAGUGGUGAGAUCUUGAAUAACAACUGUGUGAUGGAGUACCACCAGACCACAGGCACUCUAAGUGCACACUUUAGAAACAUGUCUCUGAAGCGGAUCAGGCGUUCAGACCGUCGCGGGGCAGAGUCUGUUACCGAGGAGAAGUUUACCAUUUUGUUUGAAUCACAGUUCAGUGUUGGGGGAAAUGAGUUGGUAUUUCAGGUUAAGACUCUCUCUUUGCCUGUGGUGGUAAUUGUUCAUGGAAGUCAAGACAACAAUGCCACUGCAACAGUUUUGUGGGAUAAUGCAUUUGCUGAACCGGGACGGGUGCCUUUCAUUGUGCCCGACAAGGUGUUAUGGCCGCAGUUGUGUGAGGCUCUGAAUAUGAAGUACAAGGCCGAGGUGCAAUCAAAUCGAGGUCUGUCUGAGGGGAAUCUUGUCUUUCUAGCUCAGAAAGCCUUCAGCAGCUCCAGCGUCAACCCGGAGGACUACCGCAACAUGACCAUGACCUGGUCACAGUUUAACAGGGAGAGUUUACCAGGCAGGAACUUCACUUUUUGGCAGUGGUUUGAUGGUGUGAUGGAGCUUACUAAAAAACACCUGAAGCCUCACUGGAAUGACGGGGCGAUUCUUGGCUUUGUGAAUAAACAGCAAGCUCAGGACAUGCUGAUGUCCAAACCCAACGGAACCUUCCUGUUGCGCUUCAGUGAUUCAGAAAUUGGUGGUAUCACCAUAGCCUGGGUGGCAGAGAACCCUAACAAAGCAGGAGAAAGGAUGGUGUGGAACCUCAUGCCAUACACAACCAAAGACUUCUCUAUCCGCUCCUUGGCGGAUCGCAUCAGCGACCUGAAUCAUCUCCUGUUCCUCUAUCCUGACCGGCCCAAAGACGAUGUCUUCUCCAAAUACUACACCCCACCACUGUCUAAAGCUGUGGACGGAUACGUAAAACCACAGAUCAAACAAGUAGUUCCAGAGUUUGCAACACCUAACCCUGACCCUGCAGCAAACCCCACCUACAUGGACCACGCCGCAUCUCCAGCUGUCAGUCAGCCUCAUGCCUAUGGACUCUAUCCUCCCAUUGGAGACCCUAUGCUGGACGCUGAUGGCGAUUUCGAUCUGGACGACACCAUGGAUGUAGCGAGGCAUGUAGAGGAACUGCUCCGUCGACCGAUGGAGGGCCAAUGGACCGGACCUGUCUCUCCAAAUGUGCCUUUACUCCAGUCACAACCAUCCUCGGUCAUCUCUGGUCGGUCACGCAUGAGAGACUCUGGAGGGACACUAACAGCAGAACGCGCGAUGGCUGAGCCGCAGGCUUCCGAAUCCGUGGCGGGACCCUUGUACGAGCCCAUCUCCGAGGCGACCACCCCGACCCGGGACGUAGCGGCAGCGGCGGCGGCGCUGAACAUCAGCGAUACCUACCAGACAUACCUGGACGUGUCGGUGGCUGGGCACCCGGUGUACGGGGCCGAGGGGGUGUACUCUAACGGACGGUACAGGGAGCACAGCAGCCCGCGGAUCUGUACCCGAAUCCGCGACAGUUCUGCAGAGAGGUGCACCGGCACCGGGAAUCCACCUUGCGGUAUUAUGAAGGAUGGUUCAAAACAGAAGCAGGCAAGAAAGAAGACUGUCUCAUUUAGCUCCAUGCCAAGUGACCGCAAGAUGAACAGCACAGCCGCCUGCAUGGCCUUCAUGAUGGAAGGCUGUGAGAUGAAGAAAGUUCGCUCCAAUUCUCGCAUGUACAAUCGUUACUUCCUGUUGGACCCUGACAUGCGCUGGCUCCGCUGGGAGCCAUCAAAGAAAGACUCAGAGAAGGCAAAGCUUGAGAUCAAGAGCAUCAAAGAAGUUCGAUUGGGGAAAAAAACACCAAUCCUUCGCAGCAACGGCCUCUCGGAUCAGUUCCCAGAUGAGUGUGCUUUCUCAAUUAUAUAUGGAGACAACUACGAGUCCCUAGAUCUGGUCGCCAGCACGGCAGAUGUGGUUAGCACCUGGGUGAUGGGACUGCGGUACCUGGUCUCAUAUGGGCGGCACAUGGUGGGUGUAGUCGAACCAAGUCAACCCAGUGUGAGAACAUCCUGGAUUGGGUCCAUGUUUGAGCUAGCUGAUCCAGAAAGUAAAGGAUACAUUGACCUGUUCCGGGCCACCCAAAUCAUCAAGGGUCUCAAUCCUGGCAUGAGGGAGUCUCGUAUUGAACUGAAGUUCAAAGAGCUACAAAAGGCAAAGGACUGCUAUGGUGAAGGCAUUGAUUUAGACAUAUUUGUGGAGGCAUACUGUGAGCUGUGCACACGUCCUGAGAUCUUUUUCUUGCUGGUGCAGUUCUCCAGCAACAAAGAGUACCUGGACUCCAAGGACUUAAUGCUCUUUGUGGAGGUGGAGCAGGGAGUCGAGGGAGUCACCGAGGAAAUGUGUCGGGAGAUUGUUCGCAAAUAUGAACCCUCCGUGGAAGGACGUGACAAUGGCUACUUGUCCAUAGAUGGCUUCACACACUACCUCCUGUCAUCUGAGUGCCAUAUUUUUGACCCACAGCACAAGCAUGUUUGUCAGGAUAUGACACAGCCCCUUUCACACUACUACAUCAACUCUUCCCACAAUGCCUCACUUUUGGAAGAUCAAUACUGGGUCUCAUCAGACCUCAGCAGCUAUGUUCGGGCUCUACGUAUGGGUUGUCGAAGCCUGGAGGUUGUAGUCUGGGAUGGCGUUGACUGUGAGCCAGUGGUCUAUGUCCGUAGCUCUGUUGCCUCCCAGCUGGCCUUCUGUAAAGUUCUAGAUGUCAUUAACCAGUAUGCCUUUGAGAGUUCAGAGUAUCCAAUAAUCCUCUGUCUUGUCACACACUGCAGUGUUCCCCAGCAGAGGGUCAUGGCUCAACACCUGAAAAAGAUCCUUGGGGACAAAUUGCACACUGAUCCUCCCAAUAUGGAGAAUCACUACUUGCCCUCCCCUGAAAAACUCAAGGGAAAGAUACUCAUCAAAGGGAAGAGUCUGCCUUCAGAUUCGCAAGACUCUGAAGGGGAGGUCACGGAUGAAGAAGAAGGUUCCGAAAUGUCUAGGAGAAUGAUGGAUGGAGACGAUAUGGACCAGCUCAAUGGGAUUGGCUGUAAACGGUUACGACUCUGCAAAGAACUUUCUGACCUAGUCACCCUGUGCAAGUCUGUUCAGUUCCAUGACUUUGAGACAUCGAAACGGGAACAGAAGUAUUGGGAGAUUUGCUCCUUUAACGAGGUUGAUGCCAACCGCUUUGCCAAUGAGUUUCCUGAGGACUUUGUCUCCUACAAUAAGCGUUUUCUGUCAAGGGUGUACCCUACACCCAUGCGCAUUGAUGCAAGCAACAUGAAUCCACAGGACUUCUGGAAGUGUGGUUGUCAAAUUGUUGCCAUGAAUUACCAGACUCCAGGUUUGAUGAUGGAUUUGAACCUUGGUUGGUUUAGGCAAAAUGGCAACUGCGGCUAUGUCCUACGUCCAGCCAUAAUGCGUGAGGAGGUGUCAUAUUUCAGUGCCAAUGCUCGUGACUCACUUCCUGGAGUCUCAGCCCAACUUCUUCACAUCAAGGUGAUCAGCGGUCAAAACCUACCAAAGCCUCGAGGCUCAGCUGCUAAAGGUGAUGUGGUAGAGCCGUACAUCUAUGUGGAGAUUCACGGAAUUCCUGCAGACUGCGCAGAACAACGCACAAAAACUGUCUCUCAAAAUGGUGACAAUCCGAUAUUUGAUGAAAGCUUUGAGUUCCAGAUCAACCUUCCUGAAUUGGCUGCUUUGCGUUUUGUUGUCCUUGAUGAUGACUACAUUGGCGAUGAAUUUAUUGGCCAGUACACCAUUCCUUUUGAGUGCCUGCUUCCUGGUUACCGCCACUUACCACUGCAGUCACUUACAGGGGAGUUUUUGCAAAACACCACGCUUUUUGUUCAUGUUGCUAUUACAAAUCGGCGAGGUGGGGGCAAGGCCCAUAAGAGGGGUCUCUCUGUGAGAAAGGGUCGUAAAGCAAGGGAAUACACCUCCACUAAGACCACAGGGAUCAAGGUGGUAGAUGAGCUCUUCAGGGCAUCAACCCAGCCAAUAAGGGAAGCAACAGACCUACGAGAAAAUGUGCAGAAUGCCAUGGUGUCAUUCAAGGAGCUCUGCGGUUUGACUCCGGCAGCUAACAUGAAACAGUGUAUCCUGACUGUGUCCUCCUGGCUGAUGAACAGCGAGCGAGCUCAGCGGGUAACAGUAGAUCUGAGCGGGGCCUACCCCACCAUGGAGGCCCAUGGCCCCGUUCCAGAGCUACUGCGUAAAGUGCUCACCGCUUAUGACACGAUGAUCCAGACGAGUCGCACACUGAUCGAAUCAGCCGAUGGCUUGUACUCUAAACUUACACAAGCACAGCGAGCAGGAUUGGACUUUCAUGAGGAUCUGCAUCGGAUCGGGGCGAGAGAAGGACUGAAAGGGAGGAAGUUACAGAAGGCCAUGGAGAGUUACGCUUGGAACAUCACUGUGCUGAAGGGCCAGGCAGACUUGCUGAAGCAUGCUAAAGGAGAAGCGGUAGACACUUUGCGACAGAUUCACUGUGCUGCUCACUCGUGCGGCUUGGCCAAGAGCGGAGCCUCCACAUCUCCUGCCUCUCCUCUACUGCCCCCCCACGCACGGCCCCUGCACACCAUCCACGAGACUGAGCCAGACAACACCACCCCGCACUGAGAGAGACAAGGUUUUUUUAGUUUAUCCAUUUUGUGAGGAAGGGAGACCAGGGAAAGGGAGUCAGGUGGGUUGAUUCAGUGAAGGACACACAGGAGACAGUUUAACUUUGAUCAAUGUGCUUUACUUUCUUCCCAGCUCCUCCAUGCCUGCUGGGCUCAGGUCUUACAUUAGUAUCCCCAGCGUGGAGUCAUGUUUUAAAGGAUUAUAGUGACCUACUCUUCUGUGAACACAACUGCUGUUGAAAAUAAGCUGUGAUCACUUACUCUAUCCAAGACUCCAGUCAAAACCCCUGGAGUCAUUUAUUCAAUGAAAAUGAACAUUUUGUCAUCAUUUGUUCAACCUAAAGUCGUUCCAAACCUGUGUGACUUUCUUCCAUCGAACAC